AAAGAAAAAUGUAAACAAAUUAAAUCCAAUGGGAAAAUAUGGGUGAAUGCAGCUGACUGAUAAGGUACAGAGUAGAUAUCAAAUGUUAAAGAAGCCGCAAACCAGCCAGUUCUGGAACAACAAACUGCUUGACAAUCACAGGAAAAUCACAACUAAUUGGAAGGUUCAAGAGUUUACAAGUGCAGCGAAGAAGAAAAGAACAUGCCCAUUGAACCCAUACUCUUAAUACACGGUGGAGCUGGUGAUAUUACCGAUGCUCGUGUUCCCGGAAAACUGGAAGGAAUGAAAAAAUCCCUACGUUCAGCCAUUGAACAUUUGAUUCCUGCAAAUGGUGGUGAAGGCAGCUCUUUGGAUGCAGUAGAGGCUGCUGUUCGUUCCAUGGAAUGUGAUGAGAAUUUUAAUGCUGGUUAUGGUGCCUGCUUAAAUUUGGAUGGUAAAGCCGAGGUGGAGGCCAGUAUAAUGGAAGGUGACAAAUUGAGAGCUGGAUGUGUUACACUGAUACACGAUAUAAUGCAUCCCAUAUCGGUGGCACGUUAUGUUAUGCAAAAGACCCACCAUACAUUUUUGGGUGGAUCGGCUGCUCAGAAAUUUGCACUGGAUCAGGGAUUCGAACAAAUGGCAGAUGGUUCUUUGGUUACCGAUGACGCACGACGGGCUCUGCAAGAAUUCAAAGACCGCCAAGCUAAGGGAUUGGAUACCAUUUUUGCCCGUACCGAACUUGAUGCCGAGAAAUCCCAAGACAAAGAACCUGUAGGGGAAUCUGGCAGUACUGUGGGUGCCGUUGCCAUUGAUACCAAAGGUAACAUUGCAGUUGCAACAUCCACUGGCGGUAUAACAGGAAAGGUGUCAGGACGCAUUGGCGACACACCCCUGCUGGGUUGUGGUACUUAUGCUGACAAUCAAAUUGGCGGUGUCUCCACCACCGGACAUGGUGAAACUAUAAUGCGUUUUAAUUUGGCUCAAAAAAUCCUUGCCAAAAUACAAUAUGGCAACAAGACUGCACAGCAAGCUACCGAAGAGGCUUGCAAAGAGAUGACAGAACGUUUGGUUGGAACGGGUGGUGCUAUUACCAUUGAUGCCAAGGGUCAAGUUGGUAUCUAUUGGACAUCAAAACGUAUGGCCUAUGCCUAUGUAAAAAGUGGAAAAAUCUUCUAUGGCAUCAAUCAUAAUGAACAGUUUGAAGAGGAGUUGUAAAGGUGGUUUCAGAAUCUUAGAUUCUUGAAGAGUUUGUAACAGACAAAACAUUGCCUUGUUCAUAAUUUUAUACUUUUUUAUAUUUUUACAAAUAAACGAAGAAAGACAUA